AUGCCUGCCUUGCCCUCGCCUUUCGCCAAAGGGGGAUGCAUCGUGUCAAGGCCAGUAGGGCCGGCCGGUCCUGCAGGGCCGGUGAAGUCGUCUUCGGGAAAGCUUGAGUCACUCAGGCUUGCAGGAGUGAAGGUUCCGAGUGUGCCCGGACAGAGCUGGGAUCAGAAACUCUCUGAAGCGAGGGAAGCAGCUUUGGCAAAGUGGCUAGGGAUUCUUGAAAGGUUCCCUGACGAUUUCGGUCUUUCUCUGUCGGUUCGGUUAGAUAAGGAGAACGGGCGAGACUCUGACUUGAAGUCUUCCUUGCAAGAUGUGUUUUCUCAGAAGGCGAGCGUCACGAUCUCGGGUCGUGCUGGGCCUCUUGCCAGGUACAUCAAGCACUGCCGAAGUCGCCAGGUCAUGCCUUUCCCUGUCACUGAAGCAGGGAUCUAUGCUUUCUUACAGGAUUAUGCAUCUCACGAGGCGCCCACUUUCGCCAGGAGUUUCUUGAGCAGCCUCGCUUUUGCAAAGUUCACUGUGAGCUUGAAGGUGAGUGAUGAAGUCUUCAGCCCCAGGGUCCGUGGACUGUCGUCGAAGCUGUAUCUUGAAAAGAGGAAGACUCGGCAAAAGCCGUCGCUCAAAGUUGAUCAUGUGCGCAAGUUGGAGGCCAUCGCUUCCGGCUCAAUCGUGCUCGAACCUUCAGACCGGGUCGCUGCUGGCUUCUUCGUGUGGACCUUGUACGCACGAGCGAGGUACUCGGAUGCCCAAGCUGCGGGUGCAAUGACUUGCGACUUGAGCGAUACGCCAGACGGCACAGUCGGCUACCUGGAGUCCGCUGUUGAGCGAAGCAAGACUUCGUUCUCACUGGAAAGAAAGGUCAGGUAUUUGCACAUGUUUGCUCCCAUCCAAGGAAUAGGCGAGGUGCCCUGGGGUGUCAAGUGGUUUGAGUUCUAUAAGGAGCAUGGGCCUCCUUUGGGGUCGGGUAAGCCCUUGCUUCCGAGCCCGCUCUCUGGCGGAGGGUGGCAAACAUCACCGUUGGCGGUGGCUAGUGCCACGAAAUGGAUGAAGUCACUCUUGAUCCGUGCAGGUUGCGACAGGUCUUCCGUUGAACCACUUGGGACGCAUAGUCUCAAGGCAACGACCUUGAGUUGGAGCGCCAAAUUCGGACUACCCCGCGAGGUGAGAGCGGCCUUAGGCUAUCACUCCAAGGGCCGUGAUGGAACCGAGCUCAUCUAUGGGAGGGACAACAUGUCUGCUCCUGUGCGCCAGCUGCAAGGGGUUCUGCUCGAAGUGUCGCGCGAAAGGUUCACGCCGGACGCCACCAGGUCCGGUUACUUCGUGAAGCGCUUUGAAGAUCCAGAGGGGAUGCCCAUUCCUCCUGACGAGGUUCUGUCGGAUUCUUCUUCCGAGGCCAGCGAGGAUGCCGAGGAUGUCGAUCAUGUAGCUGCGGAGGCGGCCACCGACGAGUUGGGUAGGCAAUGGGAGCCCGAUGCAGGCUUGCGUGCCGAGCUUGAAGCAGUCCCUUUGUUCAGGAACAAGGACAGCCGUUUCAUUCAUGCUGUCGCGUCCGAAGAAGGCGACAAGUUCAGAUGUGGGAGGAACAUCUCGACCAGGUAUGAAAGGUUGUCCUCCGAGUGCAGUGAAAAGGAGCUUCUGAGUUUCUGGGCGUUGCGCGCUUAG